AUGCAGCUCUACGACGAGAAAGGCAUUGAACAGUUCAAUGGCCUUAUCGUGGCAGCUCACUUCGCCAUGACCGACCACUUCAUCACCUGCAUGCGUGCGAGAUACCUCAGACCCAGCAACAUCGUCUACUCAACUGAAUGGAGCCGCAAUGACAAACCCGUGGAUGACUAUGGCUAUACAAUUGUAUUCCCAGGGAAGACCUUCAAGGAAGCCUCGCUGACAUUGAUUGGCGAAUCCACACCCAAGAGAAUCAGCUCCUAUGAUCCCGACAACACGCCAGAGGAGAAGUAUGAAAACUUCUACGUGCCAUUGCACAAGGUCGGUGACAUCAUUGCCUGGGACAGGAACAAUGUGAUCAGUUUAGAGUACGACGUCACCGACGCUGUCAUGGUUGGCUUUGUGCCAACCGAUGUGUUCCCCAGCAACACGAUCUUCAGGAAGACGGCCACUAUCAUUGACGCCCAGAAGUUCUCUGGAAAGCACGCCGGAAGCAUAUUUGCCCGCGACCACUACACCAUUGGCUCGCAUGCCAUGUUGAUCCCAACUGGCAACGUGCUCUCGUACCACUUUAUCUCCCAGGACAACAAGGGCAGCAAUCACUACAUUGGUAUUAUGGCAUGUUUGCAGACCGCUGGAGCUCCAGUGACGGUCACCAUCACCCACUCGAAACUCGUCAAGGUGUGUGACAUUGUGAUCAGCAGUACCGACUACGCUCCACUUCUGGACGCCAACAAAAGCCUUGUGAGGUUGAACAGUGCUGGAUUGAAUGCCCAAAGUCCAACACUUACUAUCUCGGCCACUGGCAACUUCUACCUCAAGUCAAUCAUCUUUGUUCCAAGAUCAAAGGCCUCCUUUCCAUUAGCAAAAAUUUGA